AUGACAACACGAGAGAUAUUGACCAUUCAAUUGGGUCAUUAUUCUAAUUAUAUCGGCACACAUUGGUGGAAUUUGCAGGAAUCUAACUUUACAUACGAUCCAAAGCAUCCAUCUGAAAUAAAUCAUGAUGUUUUGUAUAGAGAAGGUGAAAAUACGCAGAAACAAGUUACAUUUACACCAAGACUAUUAUUAGUAGAUUUAAAAGGAGCACUAGGUUAUUUGAGUGAGCAAGGUUCUUUAUAUAAUACAGCAGAUGAUCCAGAUAAUCAGCUGUUAUGGGAUGAUACAAAAUUAGAAAUUACCAGUGCUGAACUUAGUCCUAGAACACCUUUUAUUGAAAGUUUGAAUAAAUCCAAUGAAACUGUAGAAACAGGAUCUUUCAAUUUUGAAAAUGAUGUAAAAUCAUGGGUCGACUAUACUUUACCAUUGUUCCAUCCAAGGACAGUGACAGUUAUCAAAAAGUAUUUACACAAUUGUACACAACAAUCAUUUAAUAUAUUUACGUAUGGUCGCGAUUUGUGGACCACAGAACAAUUCUCCGAUGACUUUUCAGAUAGAAUACGAUUAUAUGUAGAAGAAUGUGAUUUAAUGCAAGGAUUUCAGGUGCUUAUGGAUUCUACUGAUGGUUUUGCUGGUCUUGGAGCAUCUUGCAUUCAGCAUCUACGUGAUGAGUUUGGAAAGAGUAUUUUGACAUUUCCAUGUCUAGACUUUAACAAUGCCGAACCUAGUGCGUCGGAUUUAAUUAAAAUUGUCAAUACAGCAUUAUGCUGGCAACACAUUGGAGAAUACUCAUCGCUUUACAGUCCACUUUCUUGUGGACAAGUCGGAUGGCCGUUCGGAGCUGAUUCGCGUAAAUUCCAAAAUAUAACAUAUAGCCCGGAACUAAAAUAUCACAGUAGUGCGAUAUUAGCAACUGCUUUGGAUACUUUAACAUUAAGAUAUAGAACUAAGAGAUAUCCGAAUGCCAGUUUGUCUGAUUUAUGCGCUGAUCUAAACAAGUUAGGGCGCAAAGCAACGGCGACAAGUUUGAAUCUACCAUUUCCUAUGAAAGUAAAAAUGGAUUUAAUAGAUAUAUUGGAUGAAUUUGAGGGACCUCUAUGGACCAGUCUAACACCGAGCUGCGACAUAUCGAUGGAUAACAAUAUGCAAAGUAUAGUGUUGCGUGGAAUUUCAGAGGACAGAAUAAAGCGACCUAUUCACGAAGCUAACAAACAGAUAUCAAAACCAGCAUAUAAAUGCUCCAGUGUACAUGAAAUGAUGACGUUCUAUUUAGCAUGCACAUGUCACGCAUCAGCUACAUAUUUAUCCAAUAUUGAGGCACCACUGAAACUUUCUUUACCUUAUCCGAAGAUAUUCAAUAAUAAUGUAACCGAGAAUGGUAAUAUCGCCGAAUGGCCCAUAGGAGCAGAUGUAAACUCAGUUGCAGUGAUGGCUGGGAUGCAUAGUGGCAAUAGUAUUGCAGCAAUGUACGAAUCUCUGCUUAAACAAACUAAAAGAAUAAAAAGUAUCAAGAAAUUUCAUGCCUUUACAGACUCUGGACUGGAAGAAGAUGAGUUCACGGAAUGUGUUCAUAGUUUGGCUGAUUGUAAAGAGGCAUAUGAAGAUAAUUAUAUUUAAAGGAAAAUUAACUUAUUGUAUAAGUAAAACACGUUCGGCUAUAUAAUUUUAAUAAUGCUGAUGUCUGUUGCAAAAUUUGCGAUUACUUGCGAUUUUUUCUAUAUAA